CCCAGCAGCUGUUUCCAACAAGAAACGUCUCUCACACACGAAACGUCUCUCCCUCUCCUCAGAUCAGAGUGUCUUGGGCCUCCCUGAGCCAACGACCUCCGUCCUCUUUGCGGAGUCGCCACUCCACCCCGGGGUACCCAUUGUGUACCGUACUCCGGAGGAAAAGUCGCCCAACCCCGACCGACUCAACCUGGAUCGUCGGCACCUGUCGGUCUGCCCCAUCCUGGAGGGGGAAGAGAAACUCCGCCUACUCAACCUCCAACACAACUCCAUUACUAGGUUGCAACAUUUGAACGGUCUUCGUCAACUGGUGUUCCUGGAUCUCUACGACAACUUUGUUCGAGAAAUUAGCGGUCUUGAGGGGCUGAUGUCUCUGAGAGUGCUGAUGCUAGGCAAGAACAGGAUCUGUAAGAUAUCAGGGCUUCGGAGCCCUGGUGAGACUGGAUGUGCUAGACCUUCAUGGGAAUCAGGUUAAGGAGAUUGAGAACCUGUCCCACCUGGUACAUCUGAGGGUACUAAACCUGGCUGGCAACGAGAUAACCUGCGUAACCGGUCUGACGGGUCUCGGCUCCCUGGCCGAGCUGAAUCUCAGGAGAAACAGAAUCACAAAUGUCUAUGGAAUUGAUCAGCUGCCGAACCUUCAGCGCCUCUUUCUCAGCCAUAACCUGAUACAGAGGUGAAUUGGUCUCAUUUCGCAACGUUUUACUGCACUCUUCGACUAUAGUCAGGUAUUCAGAUGGUUGGUUGGCCUGACUUUUUACUUGCUAAAACUACGAAAAGUUUAGGCCACCCAAUUUCAACCAUAGCUUCUGAAGAUUAUUUGCGCUGUACCCUACAGCUCUAGUCAAAGUAUUUAGGAUAGUAGUUGGCUCCAUAUACUAAGUUUUCACUUUAUUUUGAGCUGUGUUUGAGGUGAUGUAGCAAUUUUUCUCCUUGGCUGCCGAUAGUUUUGGCGACAUGACGUGUCUGUCUCGAGUGUCGGAGUCUGCUGGAACUGAACCUGGACGGAAAUCCUCUGGCCAACCAGCCAGACCAUCGCUCAUCCGUCGUAUUCCACAUCCACUGUCUUCACUCCCUCAACCAGACACCCAUAUUGGUACGUGUAUUGUAUACGAUUUACUGGACGUAGAAACUUCACUGGCAGCAUAUUUUGCCAAUUUUACUUAUCGCAUCGUAAUUGCUAUUCCAGGUAAAUUAGGGAGUGGUACCUUCGUGCAAGAUCACAACAUAGCUGCCUUGUGGACUAUAGCUAAUUUGUUGACGGAAAUGAUCUAGAUGCAGGGGGAAGAGAGGAAGAUAGAGAGAGGGGAAUAUUGUGUGUGUGUGUGUCUGCAGGAGGAGGAGAGAGAGGAGGCUGUGGCUGUUCGUAGAGAGGAGGAACAGAGCUUGAAGCAGCAGAGGAGGAGAACAGUCGUGCAGGAGUACAGAGAAGUGGCAGUUGUGGCGAUACAGAAGUCUUGGGACGCUCAGCAUGCAGACCUCUUCUCCUCCCACUCCACCCAUGACCUCACUACUUCUCAACAGACACACAAGUCCUGUUUAGCAUCAGCCUCGCUCCCCCACCUCCUCCCCACAUUCCUCGUUGACUUGGCUCCGCCCACUCUACAUCUCUACGGCUCCGGGGCCCUGGAUGCUCUGGACACGCCCCCUAGAGACGAACAACCUUUGACCUCUCUUCACUUCCACUGCGUGGAGUUCAGCGACAUUGUUCCAUGGUUGAACAAAAUUCCUCGAGCCUUUCCUGACCUAAACUCUCUCUGUCUGGAAUGCACAAAUCUAACAACUCUGGACCAACUGAAUCAUCUCUCGUUCCUCCCCUCCCCUCUCCACACUCUCACCAUCACACGGCACGGAAAUCCCCUCACCCACCACCCUCUCUUCACUCACUACGCCCUCUAUCGUCUCAGUCACCUCCAAUUAUCUGUCUUCAACGAUAGACUGGUCACAGAGGACGACAUUGCAGCUGCUAAUAGAGUCUUUGGGUCUCUGGGAAAACUGGCGUCCACAUACUUGCAACCUGAGAGACUGGCUUCUUUAGUGCUACAUCACAGACCACGGUAUGGUAGAGGAAGCAAGACAGUUACGCAGAACGGCCGAAGAAGGUCAGAAGAGCCUGUGGGUAUGGUGGGUCUUCACGGCUUCACUGACAGCACCAGUGACAGAGCCCACGUGAUGAGGCAGGAGCUGGCGUGCUCUCUCACCUCCUCUCUUCACUCAACCACAUUGGAGGCCCACAGGAAAUUAUCGGUCCUCCGAGACAGCUGGUCGGCCAUCACCACCCAGCUGGUGAGGACCAGUCUCAGUGAACUCAGUCAGCUGGACACGUCAAUGGCAGAUAUCUUUAAUCAACUUUGACCCCUUUUGUCUCUCCCUCUUCUCUGUCUUGUUUCACUCUGCCCUCUCCUGUCGUUCCAUUUUCCUUCCUCCCUCAUUCGGAUACCACAACAUCUUCUUUCACUCACCCCUGGCCUCACACCAUCAUACUACAUCGUC